AUGUCCCGUUUACGUAAGCUCGAUCAGAGAAUAUUGCACCCACCAGAAACCGAACCUAUUGAUAUCGAUGAUCAGAAUCAAUUGAUUCAUAAUUUGUAUCAAUUGAAUGAUGCUAAUCAUCAGUUAUAUAACAAGGUAUUAUGCUAUUCUAUAUUGAUUGAGUUCCCCGUCAGCGUGUAUAUUAAUUUACUUCUUAAGAGAAAAUAUGAAAUUAGAGUAUCUAAAUUAAUUCAGUUGAUUAUCUUAUUAUCACAAAUACUUACAAUUAUAAAUAUUCUAAUUAAAAGUGAUUUAUUUAAUAUGAUUAAUAUUAUAAACGGGUUAUUAAUCAUAAAUCUAUGGUAUUGGUUUAGUCAAAUUGACAAAAAUGUCUUGGUUGGUUUAAUGAUUGGGAUACCAACGUUUAAUUUGAUAAUGAUCGUAUUCAUUAAUAAAUGGUUUAAUGAUAUUUCCUCUAAUUUGAUGAAUUUGAAAAAACUAAGGUACAAGUAUAAACUGGUUUAG